UGACGCCAUGUUUAAUGAAAUUUACGAAGCUAGCCUCUCAAGAGCGAACCUAUCGUCGGAAUUGUGACUGCGAUUAUCGAUAGUGUUUGAAAUUUAAACACGAAUUCAACGAACUUGUACAGUGCGAUAGACUUACGACGAACUGCAUCGUGUGACAGCGUUGGUAUUACAUUCGAGGUAUGGUAAUUGAAGAAUCCGGUUUGAAAGCUUUCUUCUGUACAGUGUAGCGUGACAUUUGAGUCAUUCAAAUUCGAAAUUCGAGAACACAAAGCAUGGAACUUGCAGCGGUUUCGGUGCUAACACGGGCGGUAGAGAUGGACGAGAAGGAACAAUAUACAAUGGCGUUGGUAUUGUAUGAGGAAGGUGUACAGAUACUUCUUAAUGUCGUAAAAGAGACAAAAGAAGCACAUAAGAGGGGACACUUUACCAUUAAGGCAAAGGAAUAUUUGGACAGAGCCGAGAAGGUGAAGAAGCUUAUUAACGCAAGAAAGUUAGCUGGUUCAUACAGAGAGUCGAUGAAAAUCGAGAGUGGAUCAACAGGAUACAGUUAUGCGACAGUUUUUGGCAGAUUCUUAGAUAGUACUGUUACUCAUAUCAGUAUCGAGGAUCCAUAUAUAAGAGCUUUUCACCAAUGUCAAAACUUGGUUAGGCUAUGCGAACUGGCUGUUCAAAAGUGUUGCAAAUUAUCGAGAAUAUCUCUGCUUACGACUUACGAUAUAGAGGAUAACAAUCAAAUUACGAGAUUGGCUGAGUUAAAAGAGAGUUUGGCUUCUCGUAAAAUCUCUUUUGAUUUCUCCUUUUCUGAGACACUACAUGACAGAAAAAUUUCGUUGAGCAACGGAUGGGUGAUCAAAAUCGGACGUGGAUUAGACUAUUUUAGAGCACCUAAUGGUAAAUUUGUUCUUGGCACAUGCGAUCUGGAAUUAAGGCCCUGCUUGGAGACCACAGUAGACAUUUUCCACAAGUCAGAUCUUCAGGAUGGCAGUUAGGACAGAGAUUAAAAUGGUCAAUAUUUUUUAUAAAGUUUUUACACACAGGUAUAUUAUAAGAAUUAUGGCACAUUUUUUAUGGCAGAAAGAUAAAAACAAGUAUUUUUU